AUGUCUAGUCUGUGCACACUUCUGACACCAUGCAGCCAGGUUUCAAGGCGCAUUCGAUGUCAAAAUUGUGGUAAUCAAAUGAAUCAAGUCAGUUGGAAACAAUGUUUAAUAUGCAAAACGUUUAAUUUAUGUGAUGAAUGUGCAUUACCAGAUAUUGAAUUAGAAUCUGCAGCCAUUGUAUUGCUUAUUGCUGCUUACAACACAACAAUAAGUAGUAUUACUAUGUUUAAUACAAGUUAUGCUAAACAUUGGCACUAUCGUAUAGCAGAUGUAUUAAAGGCGACAAUGGCUGCUCCUACAUAUUUUCCACCACAUAAGAUGCAUACAGGAAUAAUUGAAAACGGUCAUUUCGUACCAAAUAAACAUCAUAAAAUAUAUAUUGAUGGUGGUGUAUUCGCCAACGAUCCAGAAUUAAUAGCAAUAUGGGCAAUACGAAUGCAAUGGAAAAAAAUGAUCAAUUAUCAUUUACUUUCUAUAGGUACAGGGCACUACGUUGACGACUUAUCAGCCACAAACGAGGGUGGCUAUUUAGGAUGGAUAUUCAACAAAGGAUUACUUGUUAAUACACUCAUGGAAGCUACACGUAGUUUUACGGAAAUAAUUACGAAUGAUUUAACUAAAUCCAAUAAUAUCAAACGGAUGAAAUUUAAUUUUAGAAUAAAAAAAUCUAUGGAAUUAGAUGAUCCGAAUUUUAUCUACGAAUUCGAUAAGGAAUGGAAAUUUUUGAAAAAUGGAGAAGAUUUUCAAACAUUAAUGAAUUUUUAUGACAAGUAUAUUGAUAUGGGACCAAAUUAA